GCAUCACUGUGAAGCUUCAUCAGACCAAGUUACACAGGGGAAUCUACCAAAGCACUCAAUCUUUCGAUUGAGUUGUUUUAUUGGACGGGAAAGCCACGGUUGACCUGAGUAAACAUGUCUCUGGCCAAAGAUCUGAUGCAUCCCAGUUUUGCAGUGGAGAUGAGAAGACACAAGAAGAAGAGGCUGGUUCAGCGACCCAACUCCUUCUUUAUGGAUGUCAAAUGCAUAGGCUGCUACAGGAUCACCACCAUCUUCAGUCACGCCCAGACUGUGGUGGCUUGUCCUGGAUGCUCCACAGUCCUCUGCUCGCCACAUGGGGGCAAAUGCAGAAUAACAGAAGGCUGCGCCUUCAGGAAGAAAUAUUCUUGAGGUGUAAUGUGCUGAAACAUCUACAAGACGUUGCAGAAUGAACGUGUUGAGUCAGAGCAACUUUCUCCUUGUUGCAACUCCAUAACACUCCCAUAUUUCUGUAUUUUGAUAUUAGAUUAAAAUUCCAAAUCCUUUUGGGAUUCAACAUAAUAUGGCAAUUGAGGAGCUAUGAAAGUCAGUAACAGAUCAGCAGAAACAUGCUAGUAUGGUCUUGGGUAGCUGGAAUGAAUUGUAUGAGAGGUAGUUUGAUGUGGAAAAAGCACUUGAUUUGAAGACACUUAUACUUCUUUCUUUUUGAUAGCACCAAAAUAGAAGAAAAAAUGUAAAAUGAGUCAUUACUUCUGUAAAACAUUUUAUUAGGUUGACAUGGAGGGGGUGGUGAAUGGAAUUUCAAAAUGGUCUUUGUCAAAUGAGAGACAUGAGCUGAGACCACGAUGACCAUCACCAACGGAAAUAAAACAUUUGACGAAUUGUCUGUUUCUUUGGUUUUGAGAGCUCCCCUGACAAAAGGAGGUGGUGAAAAUAGGGGGGGGGGAGAAAAAAAAAGAAAGAAGAAAACUCCAAGCAACGCGACUUCUCAAAUACCUAACAUUAUUCUACUAUA